AUGGUGAACUCCACUGAGCUCACUAACAACACCACUACCAAAGUAAUGUCAACUCCAAUGAUUGUGAUUACCAUUGUCUUGGCCUUGAUGGUCCUCUUCUUUGUUAUCUAUGUAUACCUCAUGGUCAUCAUUCUGAAUGUCUUCUUUACCAGUCCCCAGGUCCGGGAGACCACACGUUACAUCUUGUUUAUUCACAUGCUUUUUAAUGAUGCGAUUUAUUUACUUUUCUCAUUUAUGCUUUUCAUAUUAUCAAUUUCCGGCAUCCUUUUCCCUGUACCAAUAUGUCUUGUGAUUGCUUCUUUUACCACAUGUUCAUUCAUAAUAACUCCUUAUAACUUGGCCGUCAUGUCUUUGGAACGUUACGCGGCCAUCUGCCACCCAUUACGACAUGCGGAGUUGUGCACAGCCCAGAGAUCCAACCUUGCCAUUGCUUUCAUAUGGAUAAUGGGGAUGAUUCCACAACUUGCCAACGUUAUAGUCUAUUGUUGUUUUGCUGACUCAAGAUCCUUUAACUUCAAGAUUAUCUGUGACUGGAAGUUAAUGACUGUGAGCAACGUCCAAGUAGUUAUAAGAAAUUUUACCGAUAUUGUUGGCUUUUCGACAGUGACAAUGAUCAUUGCUUACACAUAUGUUAAAGUAACGUUUGUCGCACGGAGAAUGGACUCUGGAAACUUUGCCUCCAAAGCUGGGAAGACGAUCUUGCGCCACAUGUUUCAGCUGCUGUUAUCCAUGUUGGCGUUUACCACUUUAAUUACUGAGACGUAUUUAACUCCUUAUUUUAAAUACCUGCCUUUUGUCAACUUCUUUUUAGUGAUGUGCCUGCCUAGAUGUGUAAGCCCUUUUAUAUAUGGCAUGAGGGACGAAGUGUUUGGUAAACCUAUGAGAAAGUUCUACUUAAUAGCCAGCAUCCGGUUGUUACAUUAA